AUGGAAGUCGCGACCGCGACACAGACAAGGGCCGAAGGCACCCCGCACCCCCAUCCGCCAGACGAAGCCGCCGCCACCUCCACAACCACCACGACUACAACUACAACCACCGCCUCCACCGCCCCCCAGACCCGCAUCGCCCACACCCUCACGGCCUGCUGUCGCUGCCGCACGCGCAAGACCAGGUGCGACCCCGGCCUCCCUCGAUGCGGGCCCUGCGAGCGCACAAACUCGCACUGCGAAUACUACGACCCCGCAAAGGGCCGCAAGAUCCCCCGCAACUAUGUCGUCCACCUCCAGCAAAAGGUGCGCCUUCUCGAGAAGCAGCUGGCUGAUCUCGAGCGCGAUGACGUCGAGCCCGACGCCGAAGAUGUCAUGCGCGGCGCAGCCACGGUGCGUGUCCAGGACUCGGACGAGUCCAAGUUCCUCGGCCCUUCGAGCGGCAUCACCAUCACCCGCCUGGUGAUGCAGCUGGCCAAGCAGUUUACCGAGUCCAAGAGCAUCUCCGAAAUCGUCCCCCACGCACGAGCAAAGGACAUCAAGGACACCUUUACCCAGGAAGACCAGCGGCCCACGUCCAAGGUGUACCCCAUCGUCAGCGAUGUGGCGGCCGAGGAGCUACCCAGCAGAGACGUCACCAACCUGCUCGUCGAACUCUUCUACUGCAAAGGC